AUGGCAUCCCAGAAACAGGAACUGCCAGGCUCCGACUCUCCGACGCUUUUUGAAGAGGGCAGCAACAUUCCGCAGGCCUCGGGUCCGCCUUCUUCAGAUAUUCAUGAUGAUCAGAAACAGGCACCCGUCCCGCCAGAUGGGGGAUUCAAGGCCUGGACGCAGGUUGCCGCCUCCUGGCUGAUCAUGUUCAAUGUUCUUGGCUUGCUCAACACGUAUGGCCAGUUCCAAGCCAUCUACGAGACGGAUAUUCUUCAGCAGGAGACCGCCUCAGCAAUUUCAUGGAUCGGCUCAGCCCAGUUCCUCAUCUGCUAUGUUGUUUGCAUUUUUACUGGUCCGGUUUGGGAUGCAGGGCAUGUUCGCUUCCUGCUCGGCGUGGGCACCAUAAUUAUGGUCUUUGGCUUAAUGAUGCUCAGCCUGUGUCAUGAGUACUACCAGUUCUUUCUGGCACAAACAGUCGUAACAGGAAUUGGCUUCGGAUUUGUCUUCUUGCCAGCUUCAGGAAUUGUGCCGCAGUGGUUUUCUACCCAUGCUGCGUUCGCCAUUGGGGUCUCGACGACCGGAUCAAGUAUUGGUGCUGUCGUAUAUCCCAUAAUGCUUCAACGCCUCAUGCCACAGAUUGGAUUUGCAUGGACGGUACGGAUCAUGGCUUUCAUGGUCCUUGCUUGCAUGCUCUUUGCUAUUGCAGUGAUGCGCGUACGAAUCGAGAAGGGCUCACGGAAGAGAAAAAUCCUGGACCUGAAGCAUUUCAAGGACAUCCUAUAUCUUCUCAGUUGCCUAAGCUUUUUUGUGAGCUUCCUGGGACUCUACGUCUUUUAUUACUACAUCAACCUUUACGCCACGGAAGUCGUUGGUACCAGUCCCAGCCUUGCUUCCUAUCUUCUUGCCAUUCUAAAUGCAGGAUCAUUUUUCGGCCGUCUCAUUCCGAACUACCUCGCCGGGCGCCUUGGGCUGCUGAACGUGCAAAUAAUUCUUGGAAUUAUCUCUGGUGCCUUGGCUUUUGCUCUCAUAGGCAUCAAAAGCACUGCUGGCGUCGUUGCAUUCACAGCCAUCUAUGGCUUCGUGUCUGCCCCUUACGUCUCCCUCCCUAUCCCCAUAGUGACGAGUCUCACGCCCGACAAGAGCAUCUGGGGCACACGGCUAGGUAUGAGUUUUGCUAUCAUCGGCCUCGGUGCGCUCAUUGGUAGCCCUGCGGCAGGUGCUAUCCUCGGGAGCAGCCCGGAAAGGAAUUGGACGGGUCUAAUCGUCUGGUGUGGAACUAUGUUCAUGGUUUCUGCGGCGAUUCUUACUUCUGUGCGCAUCUUGAGGGUGGGCUUGAAGCUUUCGGAUUCCGACUUCGAACCAACUCGAGACAAGCGUUCCAUUGGCAUUGCCGAUCUGGUUGGCGGCACAGACCCCAUCUCUGGGACCGAACCCGACGAUGAACCUGACGACGAGUCUGGAGACAACGAUGGAGACUCGGAUGAUGAGACACAAGCGGGAGAAAAAGAGGAGUUGCAAGAUGACGCUGCGCAGACGAAAGACAUACCGUCCAAGUUCACCGAUGCUUAUGAACGACCCGCAGCGUAUUGGCGGGAUCUUGGAUGCAACCAUGAUGGUGACUGCAAGCAGAAGGACCGUCUCAAGGACCAAGACGCUGGCUGGCUAAGACAGUUGCGGCUGGAUGAUGAGGACUAG